GUAAACAUGGCUGAGGAUAAAAAAGCCUUUGUUGAUGAGAUAAAUAAAGCAUUGGCAAAGUCUGAAGGGCUUACCUUGAAGGAUCUGCUGUUCUCCUACCAGGGAACCCUGUACCCUGUCACAGUGUACAGUGCGGAAACGUUCCAAGCCCCGGAAAACCUGGAAACCAGAAAAGAUGAUAGGGUGCUGGUGUCCUAUCCCAAAUGCAGUGUGAACUGGCUUAUCCAGAUUUUAAGUGAUUUGAUAUUUAUAACUAUGCAGAGUAAACCUGUAGGCAUAGAACUACCAUUUAUUGAAUGUGGAGAUCCAGAUAAAUAUCAGAGGAUGAAGCAGAUUCCAUCUCCAAGGAUUUUGGCAACAAAUCUGAAUUAUGAUCGCCUCCCCAAGUCUAUUUUCAAGAAAAAGCUAAGAUGGGGAUCCUAUUUUGAUCAUGCAGUCACCUGGAACAAACAUGUUGAGGAUGAGAAUACUGUGAUCAUAAUAUAUGAAGACCUGAAAGAGAACCUGACUGCCAGUGUAAAGCAGAUAGCUGAAUUCUUUGGAUUCUCCCCAACGGCAGAGCAGAUCCAGUCCCUUGCAGACAGGGCCACUUUCCAAGCAGUGAAAGAUAAGGCUGAGGAGACUCAUGGUGCUGUUGGCUCAAUUCUUUUCCACAAAGGUGUUGUUGGAGAGUGGAAAAAUCUUUUCACUGAAGCUCGGAACCAGGAAAUGGAUGCCAAAUUCAAAGUCUACUUAGAAGGAACUAAGCUGGGAGCGAAGUUAAAGUAUGAUGUGUACUGCAAGGCCUGAACCUCCUUUACAGAAAAACCUCAUGUUCAGGCUGCUUUUCAUUCACUUUUAGGAAAUAAAACAGAAACCAGGACAAUAUCUGAUUUAAAAAUUUUGAAAAUCCAAGCAAUCCUUGCUUGUGCAGUUAGUAUCAUUGACUUGACUGGAUUCUCUUAAAUGACCUAUAGUU